GUCGCGCGGAUUUGAGUUUUGUUUGAAUGGACGAAGGCAGAACAGAAAGUAGUGUUUUUAAACUUUGGCAAUGUAGCUAUGGCAGAAAAUUUGAACUCGUCGGAUUCAGAUCGAUCGUCUAUAAGCGACCAAUCUGAGUCAAGUCGGAGCAUUAACAGAAGUCUGAGACUCGCAGAAAAGGAGAGAAAGAAGAACGAGGCGGAGGACCCGUUUGUUGUGGCCCUGAAGUACUUCUCUGAUGUUGAAGCAGGGACUCCUGUCAUCGGGAAUGAUGAGUGGGACAGGAACCUGGUUCUGGUGGAGAAGGUGGCCUUCAGUAGGGGACUUUCCCCAGAGGCCAUUUCUGUCAUGUUGGAGUUUGCCAUGAGUCUCCGUAUGGGAAGUAGCCCGUGUGUGCGGGUGCUGAAGUGUCUGAUUCCUGCCACUGUGGUGCCUCAGGAGGCUGUUGUUCGAGCAGUUGUUUGGCUUUGUGUUGGUAAAAUACCCAUGAGCACUCAGGUUCUUUUCAUAAAGUGGGUGUUGACCGUAUUUGAUAUGAUCGAUGCAAAGGAUCAACUUCGAGCCAUUUAUGGCUUCAUCUUCAGCUUUGUCAUGGAGGAAAAUCUGUCUCCAUACAUUUGCCAUCUGUUGUAUCUUUUAACCAGAAAGGAAAGUGUGCGUGUUUUCAGAGUCAGGAAGCUACUGGAGCUACAGUCUAAACUGGGAAGGCAGCCUUUCCUUUUGCACCUACUGUCACUUUACAAAGUGUUUUGCCCUGAACUUGUGACGCUUUCCAUUCCAUCACGGAUGAGGAGUGGGUUUAAGAACUACAUAUCCCCCUGGAAAUCGGCGCUGAUGUCCGUCCAGAAGAGGAAUGGUGUUGCAUCCGGCAUCAAUCCAGCCUUCACAAUCAAAAAUAAAGCCAUGUCCAGGAAAAGGAAACAUUGCCACCUGGAACUGCCAGAGUUGAGUUCCGUCAUCAACAAAGAUGCUCAGACUGAGCAGAUGUCCGGCAGAAAGGUGGUGCCCCUCGUGCAGGUGCACUCCUUUGCUCAUCUGUUGGAAAACAUGCAUCAUAUUGAGCUGCCCGCUCAGAUGGGUUCACUGCUUGGUUCCAGUCUGUCUCUGCAAUACCUCGAUUGUGUUCAGGAUGAGUCUGCCCUCCUACGCCUCAAUUUCUGGUUGGGCUGUGCUCUCCACGAAGAAUUUUUGUUCUGCGGUGAUGGAGGAGCCAACCAAAGUUCAGGAGAAGGUCUACAGUUUUUGAACAAGUUGCUGUCGGCGCAGCAAUUCCUUCAGGAGGGCUUUUCCAGCUCUGACGCUUUCCUCUACAAAUUUCUCAAUGUUUGGGACGGCUCUUUACUCCGUCCGCAGAUCCUCGGUCUUCUGAGCAACAUUCCUGUAAUCCCAAGCUUGCAAAUUGGAAGGCUUUUGUUCCAGCCGCUCACGCAGCUCUUCUUCACAUCCUCACUGUUUUUUAAAUGUGGCCUGAUGGAGUGUUUAAACAACAUGCUGUUGAAGUGGCUGACCUGGCACUCGGUGUAUGCUCUGGAGGACGAUCUGGACAUCAGUCUCAACAGCCACACCUCCAUAAACAUAACUCUGUCGGGGUUCAAGGAUUCGGUGAUGGAGCUGAUUCACUUUUUUGGUCGGCUGGCGUCGGUGGGCCUCCAGCUCGAAGGCUGCCACACUCUUCUCCUCAGCUUCAUCAUGGACUUCUAUGAAACUGUGUGUGAUACAUUUCUGAAGUUUGACCUUCCCCUCGUGGUGAUGCCUCCACCGGGAGUCUUUUACCCAGCGCUGCUCGCCACUGACCCUGUCACUGUAGACAGGGUGGCGUACAUCAUGCACAGGUACAAAGUGAACUUGACAUCAGCCAAGAGCCAAGAGAAACAAACAGAGAAGGCUUUUCACAUCAGCCGCCAGACUUUCCGCGAGUUCAACCAGUACCUGGCGUUCAUGGUCAACUGCCUGUGGAACUCCAAGAUGUUUCAUCCAGGUAUGGCCCUGCAAGUGGGAGAGGAGCUGCUGCUCAAGAGCAAUGUGCCGCAGUAUUGGACCAGCUUCGACUUCAUCCACCACCCAGCCUUCAUGAGCUACGCUGUUGACUUUCACCAGAGGUGCUGGCCGGGCAAGGAUAUGGAUCUCAGUGCCAUAAAGAACUCAAAGGCGUGGAGCUGGUACCUGGAGUAUCUGUUCAGUCAGGGCUUUGACGGCCUUAAAGACUUUGUUAGAAGUAACAUCAGCCGGUAGGAGACAGGAGGCGACGCGGGUGGGGCGGCGGCGGCGGCGGCGGC